UUCCCAAUCUUUAAAUCCCUAAUUUCCCUCUCUUCUCUCUUUCAGCUUGAUCGUUCUUUCCUUCUCCAACUCCACAUCCAUUUCUAAGGUUUUAGGGGAGAAUCAGCUUCUUUGUUCUGUCAUCCUCUCAAAAUGUUGAGGCAAUCUGCAGAGCAGUUUGCUCGAAUUGAAACUACGUGCGGUUUGCUGCUGCGACAAUUGCAGGAAAUAUGGAAUGAAAUGGGAGAGUCUGAGGAUGAAAGGGACGCAGCAUUGGUUGAGAUCGAGAAGGAAUGUCUAGCAGUUUACAGGCGAAAAGUCGAGGAUGCCAGUACGUGCAAAGCUGAGUUGCUGAAAUCGAUCGCUAUUGGCAGAGCGGAAAUCGCUGCUAUUGGUUCGUCUAUGGGUGGACCUGAUGGUCAUUCUAACAACAGGGUUGGAGAAAACUUCAAAGAGGAGCUUGAAAAUGUUAAUCUACAACUAGGGGAAAUGCGCAAGAAGAAAAUGGAAAGGAAGAACCUGUUUGAUGAAGUUCUGGACCAGUUACUGAAAAUAUCAUUUCAACUUGGAAACCCAACGGAUUACUUGAGAAAACUUGCAGCUGAAGAGACAGAUCUAUCACUUCAAAAGCUGGAGGAACUGCGCAGAGAAUUGGUUGAACUCCAGAAUGAAAAUAGCAAAAGACUGAAAGAGGUAGAAGAUCACCUCGAUAUGCUAAAAUCGUUAUGCUCGGUGCUUGGCGAGGAUUUCAGUGACUUGAUCAGUGGGGUACAUCUAUCUCUUGUUGAUUCCAGAACCAAAGAUGUGAGCAGAAGCACUCUCGAUAAGUUGGCCAUGAUGACAGACAAUUUGCUCGAGGUCAAGUUACAGAGAAUGCAGAAGCUUCAAGAUCUUGCAGUUUCUCUGUUGGAGCUCUGGAAUCUACUUGACACACCAGUGGAAGAGCAAAUGAUGUUUAACCAUUUUACACGUACCAUUGCUUCGUCCGAGUCUGAAAUUACCGAGAGCGGCGUACUUUCUGUUACCUCCAUCAAACGUGUUGAGGAUGAAGUCACGAGGCUUGGCAAGGUCAAAACAACUAUGAUCAAAGAGCUUAUUCUCAGAAAGCAACUUGAACUUGAAGAUAUAUCUAGAAAGAUGCACAUGACCUCUGAAGUCCUUAAAUCAAACGAGUACUCAACAAUAGAAUCCAUCCAGUCCGGUGAUAAGGACCCUGAGAAGUUGUUGGAGAAAGCAUUACAAGUUUCUGUUGGUGUAAAACUCAAUUUUCCCCCAAAACAAAACACCACGCAGUUCUAUAGCGAAUGUCACGGACGACGCGGUGUUUUACCUACGGGCGGGAAUACAAGAAAACCAGGCUCAUUUAGUCAUUUUACGGAACAUUUUUAUAAUUGUUCAUCGUCUCAAAGAGUGGAGAAGUGGAUGGCGGCAUGUGAAGAAGAGUCAUGGCUCGAGGAGUACAACCGGGAUGAAAAUCGGUACAAUGCUGGACGAGGCGCCCACCUCACCUUGAAACGUGCUGAGAAGGCACGCUUACUUGUCAAUAAACUUCCUGGGAUGGUGGAAGCACUCAUGGUAAAAGUUUCUGACUGGGAGAAGGAAAGAGGAAUUGAAUUCUCAUAUGACGGUGUUCGACUACUCUCGAUGCUUGAACAGUACAACAACCUUCGCCAAGAGAAAGAGUUGGAAAAGCAAAGACAGAGAGAUCUGAAGAAACUAAAGGGUCAGCAUAUAGCAGAGAAGGAAGCUCUCCACGGGCCAAUGCUAAGUCCCACGAAAAGCGGAAAGAAACUCCCGAGAACCCCCGGGACUGCCUUGAACAGGAAACUCUCCCUUGGCGGUGCCAUUCUUCAAAUCUCGAAACCCGAAAAGACAACUCCUCGACCACUUGCCUUCAGGAAGAGCAACUUCUCUGACCAGAACGCAACACCAAGGCACAUGCCCGCAUCUGCUAUCCCCACUCCCUCAGGAAGGAGAAACUCGGAAACCAUCCGUCGUCUAGGAAAGAAGCAGGUCUCGGUCGGAGGAAAAGGCGUCGAAACAAAGAAAUCUCCAUUGGUGAGGAAGCCGCUUUCUCCUGUUCCGUCCAACAUCUUGAGCUCCCCCAUAGAAGAUGAUCUCAAAGAAGAACAUUACACAAAGACCUUACAAAGACGAGAAAACAGAAAAACACCAACAAAGCAAACAGCUCAAAUCUCCGUACCAUCAGCACCGGAAGAAGACAGCGAUUUCGGGCUUUUGAACUAAUUCUUACACAAGCUGUUAUUAACUGCAGAUCAUCCUCUUGACUUUGGACAACCUCAGUCAACGUCAGUUGCCUUUUUUCCUUUCUUCUCACGAGUCACGACGACAAUGCAAAUGUUUGUAAAGACGAUGGAUUCUGUUUUCUUGCUUUUGUCAAAUGUUUUUCUGACAUCAACUUCCAAGUUUGAUGUCUGCUACAACGUUGGAUUUGAUUCUUCUUCUACAUGUUCUUUUA